UCUACUGCUGGAUGAAUGUGUCACGGAGACUGCCCUUUUUUCACACUGGGCAGCAUGGGCAGGUAGAGUGCCGCUGGAACCUUUAUAGAUGUCCGUGGCUGAAUUGCACCGAGGUCGCCAGGUUCAUUGCGGAGCGAGCUAACCACCGACCCCACGUUCACAUGAAAUUGUGUAUAAUGAUUGUUUUGAAUUUAUGCAAAUAAUAACGCUGUUACAAUAAGGCUAAGAGAGCAAACAUUACCAUACAAAGUGAGACGACAGAAAUAGUCAAAUGGUGGUUGAGUGCUCGUGAAUAAUUGCAUGGCUACUCUGAAAGGGUUACUGAAGGAGCCGAAGCCAUAUCUUUGGGACACUGCUAACCGAAUUUACUCCAUAAACGACCUCCCGUCAUAGGGGCAACAUACGACAUUGUUCCCAACCGAGAUGGGGAAAACUGAGAUUGACUUGAUACGGGCUGGCAAAGCGAACGGGGUUAAUUGGGUCACUAAAUAUGUCCUGUUUCGCUGAUGGAAUGGAUGGCACGUCACGAGUUGCCACAACAACGGUGAGAGAGAUACAGGAAGCACACGUUUUAUUAGCGCAUUGGCACAGCUGGAAUAAAGUCCUGCUGAUUACCGAACAUUCAUAACAUUGUUAUUACUCCUGGUGAUUACAUUGAGACGGGAAGAGGAAUGCAUGGAUGAGAGGACACAACAUUUGCAUGCUUGGACAUGCCAUGGCUCGUGUGGGCGACACGAACAAUGGACCAGCAGGAGGGGACUUAAGGGGGCGGUUGCGAUAACUGCACGCAACUGGUUGCAGAGACGUCCGCACAUGAGCGAGUCGGUUGCAUGCAACUGUUUGUAGAUACGUCAACAUAUACGCAGUUUGGUCGAAUGCAACCAAGGUGCGCGUCUGGUUGCACAUAUAAGCGAUUCAUCGGUUGCAUGCAACCGAGUUGCGACGAAGUUUCAAGCAACCGAUCGCUCAAGGAGUGGCUCCGCCUCUAUGCCCAGCCCCCCUCCUCCCCACGUGACCUCCCGUUGCUGAAACCUAAGGAUCUGGAUCACAGUGGACGCGGGAACGCGCGUGGCCUGGGGCUUGCCCGGGCAGUGCAGCGCAGCAGUGGAGAGCAGAGGGCAAGGCAGGGUCAGAGAGGGAAUAGGGCAAUUUUCGGGGCUAGGACCCAACUGCGAGAAGGGCAAGGACUGGGAGAAGGGCACAGCCGGGAAAGACAGCGAUAUAGGACAAGGAGGGCUGAUGUAAUAUAAAGGGAAGGCUGUGAAGUGAGAGGAGCAAGGCUGCCAAGAGAGGGGCAAGGCUGAGCAGGGAGAUGGACGAGGAGAAGGGAAGGGCGGAAGCGAGAAAGGCAGGGGUUGUGUAGGAAGAGGGGCAUGGCUGGGCAGUGAUUAGGGGCAGGACUGUGAAGAGAGAAGGGCAGGGUUGUGCGUAGCGAAGGGCAUGUCUCGCGAGAAGAGAAGGGCAUAGCUUGGCAAGCGAGGGCAGGGCCGUGUUGCGGUGAAUUCUAAUCCCGCUCUCACUUUUCCCGCCGUUUCUUCUCGGCGCGCCAACCGCUUCAACACGCGGAACGACACCGCGCUCUUUCGUGUCGACACUACUCCUGUCGUACUUGGCGCGAGUGUGUUCCGUUUGUUGUUGUAGUUGGUAUGAGCCGAACCUUUGUGUUGUGGUAGUGGUUGGUGUUGGUGCGGUUAGUGGUGGUGGUGGUUGUAGUUGUGUUUUGUAAUCGGGAUUUGUGAGGCGCGGGCGUGCCCGGCGAUGUCGCGACUCAAGCGCGGGGCGCGGCCCACCGACAAGGCGGAUGGCGUUCAGAAGAUAUCGGCCUUCUUCGGCAAGAAGCCGAGCGAUGCAGCGGAGCUGAGUGCGAACGCCACCACGACGCACGGCCUCUGUGUGCAGAGCAAGCCCGGAGUCGCGAACGGCGCCAGCCUGGGGGACGGCGUGGGGAAGGCAUCCUCGUCGGCACCAGCGGACGAUUCGGAUGAUGACGUGAUGUUCAUUCCGGACGACGAGGUUCUCAUUCCGGACACCCCCGAGCGAGACUGCGUGCCGGGGACGCCCGUACGGGUCGUCGGCAGGAGGGCAGCUGCGCUGGGCAGGGGGGCAGCAGGUGGUUGCGAUCGCUCGGUGGCCCGCGCUGAGCGGCAAGACGUAAAAGCAACGCGGCUGAGCAAAACCAAGCUGAAAAGAGUGGACAGCCGAGCGGCGGUGCCACUGCCAGGGACGUCCAAGCGGCUGGCACUAAGUCCCGACGUGGAGUUGAACACGAAGCGGAUCCGGCCUACAGUUCAGUCGACCCUCUCCGAAUUUGUGCCAAUUGACUCUAACUCAGAACCUCCAGCGCCGGCUGAAAAAGCGCAGAAUCCAAGGUCAGGUAGAGAGGAUUCGGCUUCAUCAGCCGUAUUGAUCACAGGCAAGUCGGAUUUCUCCCUACAAGAUGGGACCGAGAAAGAGAACUCACAGGACGCAGUGAACCUACAGCCUCUGUGCCCGGCCUGGAGUAGCUCGGUGAACCUGAAGCCCCUGUGCUCGGCUGUGGCUGAAGCGGAGCACAGCCCUGAGGAAGGCAAGCACCACCCAGGAGAGGAAGCAAGAAGGAAGAUGAAGAGUGGCACUGUCUUAAGUCAACUAGGGCCCAGGGAGGACACGAACUCUGCAGUAGUUGGUGCUGCUGCUGAUCCACUUGUGCGAAACAGGAGGAGGGCAUGUGUUGGCGACAGCCAUGUUGGGGGUGGUGUUGCGAGUGGUGGUGAUGGUGGGAAAGGUGGUGAUGGUAGACGCGUUGAUGAUGGUGACAAUGGUGGUGGUGAGAAUAGUGGUGGUGGUAACGGUGAUAGCAGUGCAUUGAGUAGUGAUGGUAAUGGCAAGCUUGGAGAAGAUGAACUCAGCCCAGACAUCCUGGAUGCGUUCCUGCAGGAGAGCUUCACUGUGGAGGAAAAUCCGUGA